UUUCGUGUCGAUUCACAAGUUACCGAUCGUGAUGGCUCUAAGAAUCCGAUUUAAGAUAGUUAUAGUAUUCGUGCUGUUGGUAGGGCUUCUGGGAAACGUGGACAGCGGAUUCUUCAGGAGGUCCAAGUCUGGAAGCAGUGGAGGAUCGAGCAUGUUCUCUAGAUUCAGAAAAUGGCGUAUCCCGCGGGUUAUGAGCAAGCUGUUCUAUAAAAUGUACAAAGGCAAUGAAAGGAUUGGUGGUAAAGUGGCGAUCGUAACUGGAAGUAACACUGGAAUUGGGAAAGUUACCGCCCUUGAACUUUGCAAAAGAGGAGCUAGAGUGAUAAUGGCCUGCCGCACUACACAUGCGUGUGAGAAAGCUGCCGAAGACAUUAGGAAGAAAACAGAAGGAUUAGAAGGUCGUGGCACUGUUGAGUGCAAAUAUUUAGAUCUGUCAAUCCGUGAAACUGUUUAUAAAUUUGCUGAUGAUAUCUUGAGAACGGGAACGCCAGUCAAUUAUCUGAUAAACAAUGCAGGGGUGAUGGCAUGCCCAUAUUCAAUAACGCCUGACGGACAAGAGUGGCAAUUUCAGGUCAACCACUUGAGUCACUUUUUACUCACCAUGAAACUUCUGCCGAGAAUUAUUAAGUCUGCACCCUCGCGAAUCAUAACCGUAUCCUCAUUGGCACACAUGUUCAGCAGCGGAAACAUGUAUUACGAUGAUAUUACAAUGAAGAAAAACUACAAACCAAAGAGGGCUUAUGCGAGAAGUAAGUUAGCGAACAUAUGGUUCUCGAGAAUACUCGCUAAACGCCUAAGAGAACUGGGUAUUUCUAAAGUGACGACUUAUUCGUUGCACACGGGGAUUGCCGUCACGGAGAUGACCCGUCACUUUGAUAAGGUCUUGAACAAGUGGAUCAAAGAUCUCUACGAGAGCAAUUUCGUGAAAUGGUUUGUGAGGACACCUGAAGAGGGGGCUCAAACCACCCUUUACUGCGCUUUGGACGAGGCAGCUGGUUUAGAGAGCGGUGAAUACUACAGCAACUGCCACAAGGCGAAACCCCUCAGAGCAGCAAGAAGUGGACGAAAAAAUGAUGAAAAGGCCGAAAAGUUAUGGGACUGGAGUUGGAAUUGGUCUGGGCUCGGCAAUUACAACCCGUAUUCGCCGAUGUAAAAGCAAUCGACAUGAAACUGAUUGAAGUCCUUUCGUGAUGCAGAAUCAUAAAGCCCGAUUUCUUUCAUUUUCUCAAUUUUUUUGACGAUUUUAAAAUGAAUGAUUUUAUUGGACUCGAAAAAUCAACUAAUGAUCGACAUGAUUUUCACUCGAUUAUAAUAGUUACGGUCUUUUUAAAAUGUGUUACGUUAAUUGCUACUAACAGAGUAAUAGUUGAGCAUAUCAGUAAAAUUAUACUUUUGUUAAUCUUUAGAAACUCAUAUUUAAAGUUAUUUUUAAUCCCACAUAUUGAUGUUUUUAUAAACUAUUUCGAUUUAAAUAACUAGUAUAUCUGGAUUAAUUGAAAUCAAAAUUAUUGGGAUAAUAUGUAUAAUGGAAGUAGUUUUGUUUUUCGAGUUGAUUAAAACACAAUUGAUUUGGACGAAAAAA